AUGUCCCGCCGCUGCAUGAUGCUUACCUGCGCCCUCCUCGCCCUUCUCGCCCUCGGGGCGGUUCAGGUUGAGGGGACCAGCUCCUGCACCAUCGUGCCCCGGAGCGAGUGGAAGGCCAAGGCGUCCGAGUGCAACCAGCGCCUAAACCUACCCGUCCGCUACGUGAUAGUGUCGCACACGGCGGGGAGCACCUGCAACAGCCCUGCCUUGUGCGAGCAGCAGGCCCGGAACGUGCAGUAUUACCACAUGCACAGCCUAGGGUGGUGCGACGUGGGCUACAACUUCCUGAUUGGUGAAGAUGGGCUGGUGUACGAGGGCCGUGGCUGGAAAACCAAGGGCGCCCACACAGGAGCCACCUGGAACCCCAUAUCCAUUGGCAUCAGCUUCAUGGGCAACUACAUGGAGCGGGUGCCCCCGUCCCGGGCCAUCAGGGCGGCCCAGAAUCUGCUGACCUGCGGCGUGGAGCUGGGAGCCCUGACCCGCAACUACGAGGUCAAAGGACACCGGGACGUGCAGCAGACGCUCUCCCCGGGCGACCAACUCUACGCCCUCCUCCGGAAAUGGCCGCACUACCGCGAGUGA